AAAAUUCCCUUCGCUUCAAAACUCAUCGCAGCAGCUAUCAUCACAGGCCCUUGUUCUGACGAUUGACAAACAAUUGUCGGAGAGGUGCUCCUGUAAUACUAGACUAGUGGUAGCACUCCACUGUUUCAAAAGACGAUAGCUUUUUAUUAGUUAGGAGCCAAAGCAAUCAACACAAAGGCAAGAUGAGGUAUAGUUUGGCAGCACUGAUAGGUUUGGCCAUUUUUGGCAUCAUCUCUUCUGCCAUGGAGACACAAGAGGAGCCUGGGAAGGGUCGAAUCCAGCUUACUUCUCCAAUCUCAAACGCAGACCAAGACGCUUUUUAUCGGGGCCUUCCUUAUGCAAAGCUAGAAGAGAAGAAAGAUAAGUCCAAACAAAGAAGGAAUCUGCGACAAACAGCACCUAAACCGCAACGGCGAAGACUCACAGAGUCUUGGGUAGACAACUACCUGGAUUUUCAGUUCCAAACAAGCGAUAAUAGUACUGAAACAGGAACGGUUGUCCCUAUCACCAUUGUGGGAACUGUGGAACCUAGCUUCUUUUGCUCGUCAUGUCGACAAGAUCUGGUGUUGCAACAAGAGAUGAUCAUGGCCAAUCUUACAGCCAGCUUUCAACGAGUGGAACUGGUGGCUGCCACACAAAAGUUGAAGAACGCCCUCUUUGUUCGCAUUUGGACAACCAUCGAAAUGGGCAACACCAGUAUCAGCCUGCUGAGAGCUCAGGCUAUGAUCCUGGAGUUUGUCGGUCAAAUAGAGGGGGUAGAGAAAGCUUUUCCACAAGAGACUUACCAACUAAGCUCCUUUGGAAGGGUAGGAGUGGACAAGGCCUUAGAUUACUUGGGGGGAAGCGAUGCCUUGGAUAAGUUUUGUGUCAGUGGAAAGAAUGUGAGGAUUGCCGUCCUGGACAGUGGAAUGGACUACACACAUUUUCUCUUGGGAGGACCGGGAACCCCAGAGGCCUAUGAAGCUGCGUAUGGGUCCGGCAUUGAUGCCGAGGAAAACACAAUCAUUGACGAGGAUUCUUCCCUCUUUCCAACCCGUGUGGUGGUGGACGGAAAAGACUUUCUUGGUGAAGGAUUUGUACAUGACGAGGAUUCCAAACAGGGAGAUGCGUUGCCAGACUCUGAUCCAAUCGAUGGAACUCCCGGCCACGGUACUGCCGUAGGUCAUGCAAUUCUCCAAGUGGCCCCCAAUGUUGAGCUCCUGGCCUUGAAAGUGUGUACAACUUCGGGAACGACAUGUCCCGACUUUGCCAUUUCGUUGGGAUUGGAAUAUGCUUUGGACCCAGAUGGAGAUGGGGAGCUCAACCCAGUUGACAUUAUCAAUUUGAGCUUGGGUCUUCAGUGGUUUUCUCCAUACUACGAUGUCAUUUCCACCAUGUUGGAAUCAAUAGCUGCUUUGGGGGUUGUGCCCGUGGUGGCAAUGGGCAACCAUUUCAAUAUUCCUUUUGUGUCUGGCUUUGCGUCUGUGACACCUGCAGCAAUAAGCGUUGGUGCAACCGUCCAUCCCAGCGAGUUUGACUUUCAGAGACAGCUGCAACAUGCUGGUCCUAGAAUGGCAGAAUAUUCAUCGCGGGGUCCUGGCUUCAAUGCCAUGAUAAAACCGGAUCUUAGUGCUCCGUCGGGACUAGCCUUGGCAGCAGCUGGGUCGGGAACAGGACGCUAUGCUGCUGUGACAGGAACAUCCUUUUCAGCUCCGAUUGUGGCUGGGACAAUAGCUCUUUUGAUUGAAAAGUGCGGUCCUGGGAGGUGUUCUCCGUUCUCGUUGAAAUCGCUAGUAAUGAACAAUGCAUAUCCCAAUGUGCGAUAUACAUCUGACGAUGACACCGGUGCGCCUGUAUCUUGGAUGGGAGCGGGAGAGUUGCAAGUGUUCAAGACUCUGAAUGCCUCUUUCUGGGCUUAUUCUCUGGAAGAUGUACAACCUGCAAUCAACUUGGGCGUCGUCAACGCUGCUUCGGAUAUGGUGAUCAAACGAAACCUACGAAUUCAUAACCUGGCCUACUACAAUCACAACUUCACACUGUCAAGUCAAUUCCAAGACCGAAAGAAGGCGGACUCGGGAGCCUUGGAAGUCGAAUUCGAGCACGUUCCGACGCUUCACGCCAACACAGACGAAUGUAGCGCCACAAGCUUUAUCGAUGUCACGGUUCUGUUCAAAUUUGUUGCGAGCAAAGCACCUCUGAACCACAUGACAUCAACUGGCUCUAGAGCCAACGACCCUACUUCAACACUCGACAUCAACGAGUUUUCUGGGCAUGUUGUCAUCGCCUCUGGCGAAGCUGGAGCGAACAUUAGCUUACCCUUUAUGACAAUUCUCCGGCGCGCUGCCAAUGUAACAGUUGAAAACUCCAAUCUCCAGUACUUUGGUAGGCCCUCAGAGAUCUCGAUAGGGCUUACAAACCACGGUGCGGGUGUCAGCCAGAUUGAUAGCUACCAACUUAUUUCUCUUGGAGAAGACAAUAAAGAAGCAAGUUACGGUGACCCGCAUGAAAAGAUUGACAUGAGGAUGGUAGGCUACCGUGUCCUGACUCCAUCCGAAGAUCAAGCAGAGGGCUGCACAUACCUAUUCGAGUGGGCGUUCCAGGCCUGGGAAGCACUUGAUCGUCUUCUCGAAUCUAUGUUUGAAGUUCAGCUCGAUGUUGACGGGGAUCACACUGUCGACUAUUACAUCUUCAAUUCAGCAGUUGGUUCUGUUCAUACGAGCGGACCGGGAGAGAUCUUAGUGCGAGACGCACGAAGUGGAGAUGUCUUUUGCUCUGGCUUUCUGGCUGACCACCACACCUUUUCCUCAACUGUAGUUCUUCGAGUCUGCUCAGACGAUUUGGGCAUCACCCAGCCCGGCCAGAUGAUUAUGCAGGCCCGAGUAGUCUCAAUUCAAUUCGAUGGAGAGUCGGAAACAACAGAUGUCAGUCCAUAUGCGACUAUUGUCAAGUUUCCAGAUGCUGAGAUGUUUGCCCCAUCUUAUGACGUGGGUCCCGGCGAGACUUUGGAGUCAAUUUUCGUUGGUGGAGACUUUGGCACAUCAAAUGGUGCUUUCCCUCUUGGCUUGAUGUUAUUAACGAAUGCUUACAGAACACCCACCAGCACUGGCGCUGCGGUGGCAAGUUCUGAGACAAUAAUACUGCUCUCAGGGUCGAACAGCAACAGACUCGAAAUAUACGAGGAGGAGACUGAGGAUGUGCUGAUCAUCCCACCUGCCUCGAAUCUAGAGGGUCCGUCUUGUUCUUGGGAUCGGGUACCUCAACAAUGUUCAGAAGAUUUGACUGGGGGGUUUACUCUUGUCAACAGCGCUGUGGAAGCCUUCACUAUUCCUAAUAGCCGUGAGGGACCAAAAGAUGGUUUCAGUUUCCACCUGCUCCAACAAUCCAACAAUGAUGAGACAGAGGACCGUCCCUCUUGUCCGCUCGUAGAGACCCCCCGAGCCUCCGUCCCCACAAGAUCUCCGUCAUCCACCCCUCCAACCGCUUUACCGUCCAUGCCACCCUCAUCUACUCCAAGCGACCAACCAUCGUUACAGGCAAGCAUUGUUCCCAGCGAAUGGCCAUCAACUGUGCCAAGUGGAUCUCCUAGCGACAGUUCUACGGCUCUACCAAGCACUGAGCCACCAAUAGCGACGCCAGUUCCUUCUUCAGUCCAGUUUGAUGAGCUACAAGUACAAGCAACACAAAUUCCAAGCGCAAAUGACGGUGCUGCAUCGACUCUGAACCCCACAAUUGUCGUGCUUUCAGUUGAGUCAAAUCAACAUCUCGAUGGUGCAGGGGUUAAUCCACCAUUGUCGGCAACAGAUAGAUCGACAACAGAAGGGCCGACAUUCACGCCACCGAUGGCCCCCCGCCCAUCAGCAAUGCUACCAUCUGAUCUGGAACGAGCAAAGCCAACAAGGGAAGACAAAGGUGUCCAGGUUGAGACAACAUCAAGUCAAGGCUUUCAACGAACAACAUUCUACAGCAUACCAAUCCUCGUUGCAAUCGGAUGGAUGCUACUUGCAUGAGCUUGUUUUUUCCACAAUUCCACGGGGGUACAGCUGCCGGUACCGGUAUUCCCGUCGACACUAGGGAUCCCACUUCGACUUCUACAUUUUUGUGUGUCAUGGAUGGGGCGUUUUGCUAGCUAUAUGUAGACUAUCAGUUUUGGGUUGAUACAUUAUCUCGAUUGGAUAUGAAUUAGCUGCAGCUUAAUUGCUAUAAAAUAUGUAAGCCUGGGUUUUCACCGCCUCCUUGCUGUCCUCUAGAACACGCCAUAUCUAGGGACGACGGGCCGUCCUUGCUUCAUGGAUGACGAGCUAUUCUGUCUUGUUCUUCUCUGGUUGGAAGGAUGGCAUAUCUCAGCAAUAGCUUUCUCUUGAUCAAAGUUCUCUCGGGUAGUGUCAUCUUGGCCGAAGAACGCAUCAUGGAAUGAGGUUCCUGGAAGCAGUGUGACGGUUCGAAUUCUUCUGUGCCGAUUUGAUGGUUUUGUGGUCUCUUGUUGUGUCUUCUCCUCUUGGCCGAAGAAUGCAUCAUGGUAUGAAGCUCGAGGAUGAAGCGAGACGGCUCUAACUCUUUGAUAUGAAUUUCUGGAGCGAGACAUGGUGUAUGUUGUAGGCUACGAGUAAGAAGUUGUUGCUUUUGGUGCCUGUUGUUGGGUUUCAGUAUCUUUCUGUGUUUUUGUUUUGUGAGCUUGAGGAUGAGGACUGAUGCUCUGUAGGACUUCCGAGGUCUUGUGAUUCUUGGGUUUCUUAGCUGUUCUUGGGACGACGCAAAAUCUACUCGCGCUUCUGCCGC